CAGAUGUAAAGGUUAGGUAGUCGAGGUCGUGAAGUUUUCGCGGGAGUGAGGGGAAUCACAAUGAAUAUGGCGGACAAUUGUUUGGGUCCCCCAUUGAUUUGUAAGUCCUUCCCGCUUUCUUUCUCAAUUCCUUCUCCCAAUCCCCUCCUCUUCAGAUUCUCUCCUUCUUCUCAAAUUUCCAGAUCUCUUAGGUCCAUGGCUAACCCUCAAGAAUCUCCUUCGAAGAAUCAGAUUCAACCUUCACUGCUGGUUUUCUCAGGUGGAACUGCAUUUAAUGGUGUCGUCGAAGAGAUGAAAAAGUUAACAACUCGUGUUGCACAUGUUCUUCCUGUUUCUGAUGAUGGAGGAAGUACUGCGGAAAUUGUUCGUGUACUUGGUGGUCCAGCUGUUGGAGACAUUAGAUCGAGAUGUUUGAGAUUGUCAGAUGAAAGCACUUCUGAAGCCCUUGCUGUACGAAGAUUGCUUGGACACCGCUUACCUCUUGAUGGAGCACUAGCUAGAUCAGAAUGGUAUGACAUUGUUGAAGGAGAGCACUCUCUAUGGAAUGGUGUAUCGAAACCCUACCGAGAAACCAUCAGAGCUUUUUUAGCUUAUUUCCAAAAUCAGAUCCUCCGACGGGCAAGUGAAUUGUUUUGUUUCAGCAAUGGAAGCAUUGGAAAUUUUUUCUUUGCAGGUGCCCGAAUAUUCUUCCAGUCUUUAGAUGCUGCAAUAUUCUUGUUUUCACGUGUUUCAGAUAUUCCGCCAGAGAGUCUCAUUCUCCCUGUGAUAUCCACAAAUGACAGACUUACGUUGGGAUGUGAAUUAUGGGAUGGAACCAUAAUACGUGGCCAAAAUGAAAUAUCCCAUCCAUCUAUUGGAUCUACUCAACCUGUUGAUAAGAAAGGCUCUUCAGUUCCAGCAUUGCCUUCAAGAAUAAAGAGAAUAUUCUACAUGUCAAGCGAGGGCAGAAACUUGUUACAUGAGGUCUUCCCCACAGUGAACCCUAGUGUUCUGGAGCAGUUGAGUAAAGUGGACUGCAUUGUUUAUGCUAUGGGAUCCCUCUUUACUUCGGUUUGCCCCUCACUGGUUUUGCUUGGCACUGGGGAGGUCAUUUCCUCGAGGUCUUGUCCCAAGGUGUUUUUGUUGAAUGGUUCACAUGAUCGAGAAACUAGUGGUUUAUCUGCCUCUGGCUUCAUUACUGCCAUUACAGAUGCUUUAAAUCGAACUUAUGGAGACCCUCAAAAUUGUUUGAAGAACCCUCCAAGUCAGUACGUAAAUGCCCUGUUGGUUCCCAAGGAUGGUCAAAUUCCAGUAGAUGUUCAGAGUUUGUCUAAGCAAGGAAUCUUUCAUGUGGUAACUGUUGACUCCAUACUUGAUCCAAGAGUGGGAAUAAUAUUUAACCCCAAAUCUUUAAUACAAGCACUCGCAGACCUGAUAGCUGAAUACAACAGUCCACAUUCUAGUGAGGUUUAAUUGCUGUACGUAGGAUUCAUGAGUGAGAUGGAAAAGCUGAUUGCUGUAUGAUCUGUCAACGAACAUAUUUCGGUUAUCACUUCUCUCGAAGGUUCAGUUAGGAAUGCCCUAUUCUGUUAGAAGGCAAACGUGCAUAAGGUACUGGCGUACUGCAGGUAUUACAAUAAUGUAAAUUCUAUGGGAUAUCUGCAACAUUUCCACAUUACUUGGCAAGUAUUUCUCCUCAAAGGUUGGAUUUCGAGUUCUACAGGCUUAAGCGGUAAUUUUUUCUUGAAUAGUUGUUUGUCCUUUAAGUAUUUAGAAGUUAAAGCAUUCCUAAUCCUGAUUCGAGAAAGGUGUCAUUGAUGUCCACCGUGUCUAUAAAUCUGUGAAUUAUGACAGCAUACUAACUCUUGAAUCAUAAUGUCUUCUGAUGUAUGUUAGUUACUAUUUUCUACUUA